AUGCUGUUUAAGACACUGUUUGCAAUCGGAGCGGCUAUGUUCGUCGCUGCAGAUUUAUUGGAUGAGAAAGAGAGAAGGUGCGACGAAGAAGAUGAUGGCACGCCCGUCAACUGGGGUCUUCUGGCAUUGCCUGGAGUAGAUAUGUUGGACCUCUAUGGGCCAAUUGAACUUCUCUAUUUCGUAGCCGGUAAUCGCUACUUAAACGUCACCAUCAUCACCCCUACCGCAGACAACAUCGUCAUUACACCUCCAAUGGGCAACCGGUACAACUCAGUGUUUAAGCCUGAGAUUGUCGGCGCCGCCACUUUUGGGGAUGAUUUAGAUCUCGAUGUGCUGCUUGUGCCAGGGGGUGCCGCGGCCCGCGACUCGACUCUCACGUAUGUCGAUGACUACGUUGCUGAGAUGUUCCCCAAGGUGAAAUAUCUUCUCACAAUCUGUACUGGGGCAAUAUUCGCCGCCCGUGGAGGUGUUUUUGACGGGAGAAGAGCGACGACCAACAAGAACGCAUGGGACCUCGUCACCCAGCAUGGCACAAACGUUACUUGGGUUGCACCUGCCCGGUUUGUCCAGGACGGGAAAGUUCUGUCUUCAUCCGGUGUUUCCGCCGGACUCGACCUGAUGUUUGCAUUCAUCAAAGAGCACUAUGGCCAGGAACUCCAUGACCGUAUCAGCAUUUUAACAGAAAUCGUGCCACGUGCACACGACGAUGACCCAUUUACGGAUAUCGUUGGGGUGCCACACCAGGGCCAAAUCUAG